AUGACUCCUGCUGUCUUCCUGGUCAUCCUGUGCUUAGGAGUUGGGUCACGUGUUUCAGCACUUGACUCCAGUUUGGAUGCUGAAUGGGAAGAGUGGAAGAUACUCUAUGAAAAAUCAUACAGCCUGGAUGAAGAAGCACUGAGGAGAACAAUAUGGGAAAAGAACAUGAAAAUGAUUAAACUUCACAAUGGGGAGAAUGGCCUGGGAAAAAAUGGCUACACCAUGAAAAUGAACGCCUUUGGUGACAUGACCAAUGAAGAAUUCAGGAAAAUGAUGGUUGAUUUCCCAAUGCAAAGUCACGAGAGGGGGAAAGGCAUCUGGAAACGAUCUCUUACUGAUGUACCCAAAUCUGUGGAUUGGCGAAAAGAAGGAUAUGUGACCCCUGUGCGGUUCCAGGGUAACUGCAGUUCUUGUUGGGCUUUUGCUGCAAUUGGUGCCAUAGAAGGACAAAUGUACAAAAAGACAGGCAAACUCAUUCCUCUGAGUGUCCAGAACCUAGUGGACUGUUCUAAAUCUCAUGGAAAUCAUGGCUGUGACUGGGGCAACACAUACUAUGCCUUCUUGUCUGUUUGGAUCAAUGGAGGUUUGGAGGCUGAGGCGACCUACCCAUAUGAAGGAAAAGACGGACCCUGCAGGUACAAUCCUCAGAAUGCAUCUGCUAAAAUCGUAUCAUUUAUGGAACUCCUAGAAUUUGAGGAUAUUCUAAUGGAUGUUGUAGCAGCUGAAGGGCCCGUUGCUGCUGCAAUUGAUGCUCUCCAUGAUUCUUUUAAGUUCUACAGUGAAGGCAUUUAUUAUGAACCAAAUUGCAGCCAAUAUAAUUUGAGUCAUGCAGUUCUGGUGGUUGGCUAUGGAUAUGAUGGAAGUGAAACAGAUGGCAAGAAAUACUGGACAAUUAAGAGCAGCUGGGGACAAAGCUGGGGCAUGGACGGCUACAUGAAAAUUGCCAAGGACAGAAACAACCACUGUGGAAUUGCUUCAUUUGCCCAAAUCCCUCAGGUGUGA